UUUGGACAGUUUCCUUCACCCAUCAACUCUUUCUUACACCUUAAUCUUUUCAAUACUACAAAAAUAGCAACCAUGACCAAUCUAUCCUUACUUUCUCUUUGCAUCAUUUUCACAAUUUUCAUCUCUUCUUCUAACGCCAUUUCCCAAUGCAACGGUCCUUGUAAAACCCAGGACGAUUGUGACGGCGAAUUAAUUUGCAUAAACGGAAAAUGUAGCGAUGACCCUAAUGUUGGAACCAACAAUUGCAAAAAUAACCGUCCUUCCGUCCCUUCUUCUACAACCGAUACAUGCGAACCAUGUGGCUCGAUGGUUUGCAACGGUACACGCCUUCUAUACAAUUGCUCACCACCCAUCUCCGCCUCUACACCUGCUCAACUUACCCACAAUGAUUUCAGUGACGGCGGAGACGGGGGUGGUCCAGGGGCAUGUGAAGGGAAAUAUUAUGACAAUAACGAAAGCAUAGUCGCGUUGUCUACUGGAUGGUUUGCGGGAAGUUCAAGGUGUGGAAAAAUGAUACGUAUUCAGGCUAAUAAUGGGAACACUGCAAUGGCUAAAGUUGUGGAUGAAUGUGAUUCUACUGCUGGUUGUGAUGCACAACAUGGUGAUCAGCCUCCAUGUGAAAAUAACGUUGUUGAUGGUUCCAUUGCUGUGUGGAAUGCUUUGGAGUUGGAUACAGAUGAGGGGACUGUUUUGGAGCAAAUUAAGCUUAUGGAGAAGGGAUGGAGAGGGUGUGGCACCUACAAAGAACCAAAAUUCACUGUUGUGCAGGCGUUGAGGAGGUGACAGGUGGUGAGCACCAGUAUAUUGGGUGUAUACCGUUGCAAUUGAGUUGUCCUGAUGGACGUCAAUUAUUGUUUCGAGGGGAGUUAUGUUUACAUAUGUUGGUACCAACGUCAGGGUCAUCGUUGCAUUUUCCCCUUAUGCAAAUUAAUUGGCCGUCACAGUAGUCCAGUGUUUGACAAGGGCCGUUGCAUGAGGAAAUGGCGUUAGAAGAAGUGAUGAAAAUUACGAACAUGAUGCAAAGAGAAAGAAAGACUAGAUUGGCCAUGGUGGCUAUAUUUGUAAAAUUGUGAAGAAGAUAUCAGCAAAUUGGCCAAUAUAUAUAGGCAAUGCAACCGAAUGAUAUAAAGUAAAGUGCAAGACUAUUUAAUGAAAAAAUUUGCGAGGAUGGUGGAUGGACGACAUGAAGUCAACAGCAUGUGGACUGACUAAAUAAUGUUUCCACAUAAAGCUAAUUAAUGGCGAGCUGCUUUAGUACUUCUUAUCGUUGAUUCAAUUGUUAAAGGACGAGUUUAAAUUUUAUAUAAAGUCGGUGUAAAUAAUUUAAUAUAUUUUUGGGUAUUCAAAGAAUAUUUAUAGAUAAGCUUC